AAUUUCCAUAUCGAGUUUCGACAACAUUACCGUUCACCGUUCACGACGGCCGUCGCACGUGCCGCCCCACGGUGUUCUUGCCGUUCCGGUUCCGGCCUGUGGUACUGCGGACCGCGGUCCAGUCGACGACCGUAUGUGGGACAGACGCCAACCGUUGGAUAUAGGAAUUAGGAAUGUAGAAUAGACCCACCAGCGAGAAAAGAACUGCCAACUGCGAACAAACCUCGGAACCGAACUACUCGUUUAUGUCACGUCUCGUACUCUCAAAGUCUCAUCGAUGGCAGGUACUUGCCUCAAUCGACUACUGUAGUUGAACGCUAGUACCCUGAAAGGACUAAUAUUGUGUACGUAGUCCCUGUAAUAUUUAUCUUGUGCUCUUAUUUCUUAACUAUUUUCGCACGUCCGAGACUGAGGUAUAACGUCCAAAGAACCUCUCGUGCUCUCGUCGUCAGCUGCGACCAGAUUUCUAGGCACCUGUGUUGCCAGAAAAGAUUUUAAAAAAAUCAGAGUAGGUACGUGGCGACAGAAGCUUGGAAUCCAUUAGCUCGAAUAUGUACUGGACAGUUCACAUGUAUGGUGGCCCCCGACGUGUCAACCACGCAGCAGUCGCGAUUGGCACGAGCAUUUUCACUUUUGGUGGUUACUGCAGCGGUAUAGACUACAAUAACUUCAAGCCGAUCGACAUACAUAUACUAGACACUGUGAAACUGAAAUGGUGGAAAUUGGAGCUAAACAAUCAAGACUGCAAAUGUGUUCCGUUCCAGAGGUAUGGCCACACAGCAAUUAAUCUUGGUUCUAAUAUUUACCUGUGGGGUGGACGUAACGACAAUCAAGUUUGCAAUACUCUGUACUGUUUUGACACAAAUACUCUAAAAUGGACAACACCAAGUGUAUAUGGAUAUAUACCAGAACCAAGAGAUGGUCAUUCCGCAUGCGUCAUUAAAAACUGCAUGUACAUAUUUGGUGGAUUUGAAGAACACUCAGGUCUGUUUGCUUCGGAUUUGUAUAUGUUAAACUUUCAUUCCAUGGUAUGGAGUAUAGUCAAAACAAAGGGAUGUCCCCCGUCGUAUAGAGAUUUUCAUACUGCAACUGCUAUUGAUAAUAAAAUGUAUAUAUUUGGUGGUCGUAGUGAUUGGGAAGCACCAAGACAAACUGAUAAAGAUAAAUAUUGUUCCGAUAUUUAUUAUUUAGAUACCUCUAGAAAAAAGUGGGUUCGUCCAAAAGUUAAUGGUAUUAAACCCAUAGCACGACGCAGCCAUUCCGCAUUUGUGCAUAAUGGUUUUUUUUACAUCUUUGGUGGGUUUAAUAAGAAUAAAGACUUACAUUUUCAAGACAUAAAUCGAUAUGAUCCAGCUAGUUCAACCUGGAUGAAAAUAUUACCAAAGGGGACACCACCGUGUGCUAGAAGAAGACAGAUUUGUCAAUUAAUCAAUGACAGGGUAUUUAUAUCUGGCGGUACUAGUCCGAUUUUUCCCAAACCAGCAGUGACUGCGAGACAGUUGGAGUACAAUCACCCAGAUCCAUCGAUGAUAAAUUCAAAUCUCAAGGAUCAUGAUGACCUUCAUGUUCUGGAUCUGAAGCCCAGUCUAAAAGAUAUGUGUAUGGUAAAUGUGUGGGAGAAUAUGGAAGAAAUAAAAAUUGAUAAUAUAAACGACCUACGCAUUCCACUAUCAUUAAAACAUGAUCUGGCUGCCUUUGAUCCUUUUGAAAUAAUGUAUACCGGAGUCAACACGAUGCAGUCAUAUGACGAAAAUUUUCCUGUUCUUUCAUAGUAACUGAUUAAUAGUGAACCAAAACAAAAAUGAAAAACGUACUGCACUCAUUACAACACAGUAUAUUUUAAAAAUUGGUAUAAAAAUACACCUUUAAUUAUAUUAAAUCAUUGUUAAAUCAAAAAAUGAACCUAAUGAUUUAUGAGACAUACCUUAUUUAUGAAAGAGUAUUAAGUUGUUCAUCUAACAAAAUACUUAUUUAUUUGACCAUGUCUUUUUUAAUUUAUAUUGUUAUUUGUUAUAGUUAUUAAGGUAUAGAUACUAAUAUAAUAUAAUUGUUUUUA